AAUGUAUCUGUCGCCAUCAUACCCAUCAUAUCACAACAAAAAACAUAAACAUUGCGAACAAGGGACAGACAAAAGGGAAACAAAAAAAGUCGAAAAGAUCACAUAAAGUCGAUGCGAAAAUAACAUCGAAUGGUAGACACCUGACCACCGCAAAUGGACUACAACAUAAACAUAAAUAAAAUUUGUCGAGUUUGCUUAGAAGAAGGCGUUUUAACAUCAAUAUUUAAUAUGGAGUUUGCUAUGAUGCCAGCUGAUAUGAUUAUGCUUUGUGCUAAAGUGAAGGUUUACAAAAACGAUGGUCUACCUUCGGUGAUCUGUAACAAUUGCAUAUAUCGACUGGGUGCUGCUUAUCAUUUCAAACAACAAUGCGAGAACUCGGACCUGCGAUUGCGGUCUUACUUAGGAAUAUUAGACAAAGGAUUCGGUACUAGGGACAACGAAACCAACACCGACAAUCCCAUUCAACAAGUCGAACGGAAGAAUCAAGACGACGAUGACGAUGAGGAAAAGAAAAAAACGUCGAAAAGCAGAACUCGAAGUCGAUACAAACGCAAGCUGCCAGAAGAGCGAAAAAAACGAGGCCCGAAACCGAAUCCUUCGAAAGUUCCGCAAACUUGCUAUGAAUGCAACAAAAAUUUUAAAUGUGCUGCCCAACUACAGUUACACAUACGGACGCAUAGUGGCGAACGACCGUACGUGUGCUCCUACUGUUCUCGGAGAUUUGCACAGAAGCACAACCUAACCAUUCACAUUCGGACUCACACAAAUGAAAAGCCAUUCCAGUGCGAAAUAUGCAGUAAGCAAUUUGCAGCGUUGGGCAACUUUCAGGCGCAUAAAAAAAUCCAUUCUGGAAUCCGAGACCAGGUCUGUCCCGUGUGCAAUAAGGGUUUCAUAACUUCCGGUGACGUUGCACGCCAUAUGGUAGUUCACACCGGCAUCAAAAACCACAGCUGUGAUACGUGUGGCAAAACAUUUAGUCGAAAUCGAGACAUGGUGGCGCAUAAGAAGAAAAUUCACUUGAACGAACGUACGUCCGAGACGUACAAAUGUCGGGAAUGCCAUAAAGUUUUCGCCACAUCGCUCAGUUUAAUCGAACAUUAUCGAACGCACGAGCCCAGCGUAUCGAUGCCAAUUGCACCGACAGCAAUUAACGGUAGUUUAGGCACGGCAUCGCUUGGCUUAGGGAUUUUACCACCACCGAUGCUGGGGCACACACAUCAAAGUUCCUUAGGUAUGAUGCAUCAUCAUACGCAACGAUUGCAUCCGUUUUAAAUGUAGCAUAUUUCGACUCAUCCACUUUGCGGUAAUUUGAAUUUUAUUUAAUUUAUGAGACCAUUCGGUCGAGGUCAAUCAAUAAAUCGCAUGUUAUCGUGAAUCA